AAUUCAUUCGGUCCCUUGAGACUUUGUAUUGAUUGAUCAUUUCUCAGGAAAAGCAAGAAAAAUCUAUUAUUGAUUGAAGCAUGCUUCUGUAUUUAUUUUUAUUUUUAUAUAUAUAGCUUUUUGUUAUUAUAUCUAUCUAUGAAUCAUGAUCAAUAGUGAAAACCUAUUUCUUUGUUCUUUUUCUCAUUUCAAUCUUUGUUUGUUGUUUUGCUUUUUCAUCUUUAUUCAUUCUUUCAAAUCACAUCAUUCAAACAAGACAAUAACAUCACUUUAACCUUCUUCAACAAUCAUAUUCUCUCUCUCUCUCUCUUUGUUUUCAACCAUUCAUUUAACUUUUUCCUAACAAAUUUCUAUUGUUAUUAUGUUUCAAACAAACCCAGAACCUUGUCCGCAUCUUUCUGAUUACAAGCUCCAACAUGGUUUCAGUGGCUACAAAGCCAUUCAAAAGCUACUUGUUAGUUCUCCAGUUGGGAGGACAAGUUUGAAGAAACCUAGUUUAAGAAUACCCAGAUGUAGUUACUGUAAUGGGGUGUGUGAAAAAAGGUUUUUUUUAUGCUUGAUUUGUUCUUCAUUCUCUUGUUUGGAUCAUACCCUUUUGCAUCCAGAAGCUGAAACUGGUCAUGAUUUGUUUGUGGAUGUAGAAAGGGCUCAACUUUUUUGUGGGUUGUGUUGUGAUCAAAUUUAUGACCCUGAUUUUGAUAAAGUUGUGAUGGCUAAACAUUCAAUGGUUUUGCCACAAGGUGUUGUUGGAAAUGAGAGUAUUGGCCACAGAUUGAUUAAGAGAAGGAGAUUGGUUUCUGGGGUUGGGUUGUAUUUGAAUGAUAAAUCUAUCUUUAGUUUUCCGGUUAAAGAUCUUAGGGGUAAGUCUUGUUUUCCUGAGGGAUUGAGGGGUUUGAACAAUUUGGGUAGUACAUGUUUUAUGAAUUGUAUGUUGCAAGCAUUGCUACAUGCACCUAUUUUCAAGGACUAUUUCUUGAGUGAUGCACAUAAUUCGGAAGAUUGUAAAAGAAGAACGAUGGAUCGGUUGUGUUUGAUUUGUGAUAUUAAUGCUGUUUUUUCAGCUAUGUAUUCGGGUGAUCGAAGUCCAUAUAGCCCUGCUCAGUUUCUCUACAGCUGGUGGCAGCAUUCAGCAAAUUUAGCGAGUUACGAGCAGCAAGAUGCGCACGAGUUUUUCAUUGCGCUAUUAGAUGCAAUCCAUGAGAAAGAGGACGUAACAAGGAACGGAAGCAAAGGAAAUGAUGGAGACUGUCAAUGCAUUGCUCAUAAAGUGUUCUAUGGGCUACUGAGAUCGGAUGUUACUUGUAUGGCUUGUGGAUUCACCUCGACAACCUAUGACCCUUUUUUGGACAUUUCACUUAACCUCAACAUCAAUAUCUCUUUGUCCGAAAAGGGUAAAAAACUUAGGAAACAAAAUGAGGACGACAACAUGUCUACACUUCUCGGUUGUUUGGAUUUGUUUACUAGGCCAGAGAAGUUGGGGCCAGACCAGAAACUUUACUGCCAAAAUUGUCAGGAAAGGCAAAACUCAUUGAAGCAAAUGUCUAUUAGAAAGCUCCCUCUAGUACUUACUUUGCAUGUAAAACGAUUUGAGCAUUCUUUCGUUAAGAAGUUGUCGAGAAAGAUUGAUCGCUACCUACAAUUUCCGUUCUCCUUGGACAUGACUCCAUAUUUGUCCUCUUCUAUUCUUAGAGCUAGAUAUGGAAAUAGAAUUUUUAACUUUGGAGGUGAUGAAUCAGAAACGUUUUCCAAGUUCGAGAUUUUCGCAGUGGUGACACAUUCGGGGACGCUCGAGUCUGGCCAUUAUGUGUCUUUUGUAAGAUUAAAAAAACAAUGGUAUAGAUGUGACGAUGCUUGGAUAACCGAGGUUGAUGAGGCAAUAGUCAGAGCUUCACAAUGUUACAUGAUCUUCUAUGUGCAAAAGACUUUGUUCAAUAAUGCAAAUGAAGAUCUUAGUCACCUUCCAACUUCACCUGGAAGAGAGGUGUUUAUUCCUAUUGCUGGUUGCUGCUAAAGAUGAUAUUUAAUGAGAGUACACGGCAUCAAAUGGAAUCGAGCAUCGAAGGCCGAUUCGUUGCUCGGUGAGAGAACACUUUCUCUAUGAUUCUCUCGGAUGGCUUUGGAGAAUCACAGUUUGUAGUUGACAAGAUCGAUUUUCAAUAUUCGUAUUGAAAGUUCAAACUGCUACAAGGUUAGUUAUGUAUAUAACUCAUUAACUGAUUAUAAUAAGAGGUGCUCAACAAUCAUUGCUAUUUGCUACUCUUGUGUCUCCCUCACUAAGGGAAGUACAUGGAGAAAAGAAAAAACAAGGGGCAAAAAAGGGUUAUGUGGAUGAAUGGUUGUUUUUUGUUUUGUUCGAAGGACCUGUAUUGCUCAUGACCCUUUUUACCUUGAGAGUGCAAAUUUGAGGUUGCUUCAAUGGUGCAUAAUAGACAAGGGUGUUGUUCAAGACAUGUUUGUUCAUUUAUUUAAUGGUGAUGUGAGGAAUAUUAUGGAUCUAACUUUUUUUUGGAACAUUUAAUGCUAGUAUGUUAAUUUGUUAGUUUAUGCCGGAGGUUAAGACCGUCUUUGAGGGCCUGUAAGACGAGCUACCGAAGAUGGUUCAAAAUAGGUCUCAUAUGACUGAGAAAAUUACUCUUGUUACUGUUGCUGCAACGACUUAAUUAAUAUGUUCUAGUGAAGUUAAAGAAA